GGGCUCCAGCCCAGCAGCCCACCCUGGGGCACCCUCCCCUACCUGAAGGGCAUAGGGCUUCGGGAGUUUUUCCAUCAUGAUUAUUGCCUUCUUGGGCUUUUUCAUUUUCUUGCUCCAUUGUACAACCUGUGAAAAGCCCCGAGAAGGUCUCCUCUCCUCCUCCGCCUGGCGCUUCACACACUCUCUCUAUAAUGUGACCAUCUAUGAAAACUCUGCCCCCAAGACCUAUGUGGAGAGCUCUGUGAAAAUGGGCAUUUACUUGGCUGAGCCCCAGUGGGCAGUGAGAUACCGGAUUAUCUCUGGGGACGUGGCCAAUGUGUUUAAAACAGAGGAGUACGUGGUGGGCAACUUCUGCUUUCUGAGAAUAAGGACAAAGAGCAGCAACACGGCCCUUCUGAACAGGGAGGUGCGAGACAGCUACACCCUCAUCAUCCAAGCCACGGAGAAGACCUUGGAGUUAGAAGCUUUGACCCGCGUGGUGGUCCACAUCCUGGACCAGAAUGACCUGAAGCCCCUCUUCUCCCCGCCCUCGUACCGAGUCACCAUCUCUGAGGACAUGCCCCUCAAGAGCCCCAUCUGCAAGGUGACCGCCACAGAUGCUGAUCUGGGCCAAAAUGCCAAGUUCUAUUAUGCCUUUAACACGAGGUCAGAGAUGUUUGCCAUCCAUCCCACCAGCGGCGUGGUCACCUUGGCUGGGAAGCUCAAUGUCACCUGGCGAGGGAGGUAUGAGCUCCAGGUGAUGGCUGUGGACCGCAUGAGGAAAAUCUCAGAGGGCAAUGGCUUUGGUAAUCUGGCUGCACUCGUCAUCCAUGUGGAGCCUGCCCUCAGGAAGCCCCCAGCCAUCACCUCCGUGGUGGUGGCUCCACCAGACAGCAGUGUGGGUACCACCUAUGCCACUGUUAUGGUAGAUGCAAACAGCUCAGGUGCUGAAGUGGACUCACUGGAAAUUGUUGGUGGUGACCCUGGAAAGUACUUCAAAGCCAUCAAGUCUUACACCUUCAGCAAUGAGUUCAGUUUGGUGUCGGUCAAAGACAUCGACUGGCUGGAACACCUUCAUGGAUUCAACCUCAGCCUGCAGGCCAGGAGUGGGAGCAGGCCUUCUUUUUAUUCCCAAAUUAGGGGCUUUCACCUACCGCCUUCCAAACUGGCUUCCCUUAAAUUUGAGAAGGCUGUUUACAGAGUGCAGCUUAGUGAGUUUUCCCCUCCUGGGAGCCGCGUGGAGAUGGUGAAAGUAACCCGACCCUUCCCCAACCUGCAGUAUGUUCUAAAGCCAUCCUCAGGGAAUGCGGGGUUCAGACUUAAUGCUCGCACUGGACUCAUCACCACCACAAAGCUCAUGGACUUCCGUGACCGAACCCACUUCCAGCUACACAUCAGAACCUUACCGGGCCUGGCUUCCACCACCGUGGUAAUCAAUAUCGUGGACUGUAACAACCAUGCCCCCAUCUUCAGCAGGUCCUCCUAUGAUAAUACCUUUGAUGAGAACAUCCCACCAGGCACCAGUGUUUUGACAGUUAGUGCCACAGACCAGGAUCAUGGAGAGAAUGGAUACGUCACCUAUUCCAUCACUCGUCCAAAAGCUGUGCCCUUUUCUAUCGACCCUUACCUGGGGAUCAUCUCCACCUCCAAACCCAUGGACUAUGAGCUCAUGAAAAGAAUUUAUACCUUCCGAGUACGGGCAUCAGAUUGGGGAUCCCCAUUUCGCCAGGAAAAGGAAGUGUCUAUAUCUCUUAGGCUCAAGAACUUGAAUGACAACAAGCCUAUGUUUGAGCAAGUCAACUGCACUGGGUCUAUCCGUGAAGACUGGCCAGUAGGAAAAUCCAUAAUGACCAUGUCAGCUAUAGAUGUGGAUGAGCUUCAGAAUCUAAAAUAUGAGUUUGUGUCAGGCAAUGAACUACAGUAUUUUGAUCUAAAUCAUUUCUCUGGGGUGAUAUCACUCAAACGCUCUUUUAUCAAUCAUACUUCUGGUCAACCCAUCAACUAUUCCCUGAAAAUUACAGCCUCAGAUGGGAAACACUAUGCCUCACCCACAACUUUGAAUAUUACUGUCGUAAAAGACCCUCUUUUUGAGGUCCCUAUAACAUGUGAUAAAACAGGAGUAUUGACACAUUUCACAAAGACCAUCCUCCAUUCUGUUGGGUUUCAGAACCAGGACUCCAAUGAUGAGGACUUCAUUUCCUUAAGUGCAUAUCAGAUCAAUCAUCAUACCCCCCAGUUUGAGGACCACUUCCCACAGUCCAUUGACAUCCUUGAGCGGGUUCCUGUCAAUACCUCCCUGGCCCGCCUGGCAGCCAUUGACCCUGACACUGGCUUUAAUGGCAAACUGGUCUAUGUGAUUGCAGAUGGCAAUGACGAGGGCUGCUUUGACAUGGAGCUGGAGACAGGGCUGCUCACUGUAGCUGCCCCUUUGGACUAUGAAGCCACCAAUUUCUACAUCCUCAAUAUAACAGUGUAUGACCUGGGCACUCCCCAGAAGUCAUCCUGGAAGCUGCUGAUGGUGAAUGUGAAAGACUGGAAUGACAAUGCACCCAGAUUUCCUCCUGGUGGGUACCAGAUAACCAUCUCAGAGGACACAGAAGUUGGAACCACAAUUGCAGAGUUGAAAGCAAAAGAUGCUGACUCGGAUCACAAUGGGAGGGUUCGUUACACCCUGCUAAACCCCACAGAUAAGUUCGCCCUUCAUCCCCUCACUGGGGAACUGGCUGUCACAGGACACCUGGACCGGGAAUCAGAACCACAAUAUAUACUCAAGGUGGAGGCCAGGGAUCAGCCCAGGAAGGGCCACCAGCUCUUCUCUGUCACUGACCUGAUAAUCACAUUGGAAGAUGCCAAUGACAACUCUCCUCAAUGCAUCACAGAACUCAGCAGCCUGAAAGUCCCAGAGGAUAUGCCUCCAGGAACUAUUCUAACAUUUCUGGAUGCCUCUGAUCCUGACGUGGGCCCUGCGGGAGAAGUGCGUUAUGUCCUGUUGGAUGAUGCCCAUGGGACCUUCCACGUGGACCUGAUGACUGGCGCACUCAGUCUGGAGAGAGAGCUGGAUUUUGAGAGGCAGGCUGGAUACAAUCUGAGCCUGUGGGCCAGCGACAGUGGGAGGCCCUUGGCCCGCAGGACCCUCUGCCAUGUGGAAGUGAUAGUCCUGGAUGUGAAUGAGAAUCUCCACCCUCCCCGCUUUGCCUCCUUUGUGCACCAGGGCCAGGUGCAGGAAAAUAGCCCCUCCGGCACCCAGGUGAUGGUAGUGGCUGCCCACGAUGAUGACAGUGGCUUGGAUGGGGAGCUCCAGUACUUCCUGAGGGCUGGCACCAGUCUUGCAGCCUUUAGCAUCAACCAAGACACAGGUAUGAUUCAGACUCUGGCACCCCUGGACCGAGAAUUUGUGUCCUGCUACUGGCUGACGAUACUGGCAGUGGACAGGGGUUCCAUACCUCUCUCUUCUGUAACCGAAGUCUACAUUGAGGUUACGGAUGUCAACGACAACCCACCUCAGAUGUCCAGACCCGUGUUCUACCCCUCCAUCCAUGAGGAUGCACCCUUGCACACCUCUGUGCUUCAGCUGGAUGCCCGGGACCCAGAUUCCAGCUCCAAAGGGAAGUUGACUUUCAACAUCACCAGUGGGAACAACAUGGGAUUCUUUGUUAUCCACCCGCUCACAGGUCUCCUAACCACAGCCCGGCAGCUGGACAGAGAGAACAAGGACGAACAUAUCCUGGAGGUGACUGUGCUGGACAACGGGGAGCCCUCCUUAAAGUCCACCUCCAGGGUGGUGGUACGCAUCUUAGAUGUCAAUGACAACCCCCCUGUGUUCUCCCAUAAGCUCUUCAAUGUCCGCCUUCCAGAGAGGCUGAGCCCGGCCACCCCCGGGCCCGUGUACAGGCUGGUGGCUUCAGACCCUGAUGAGGGUCUCAAUGGCAGGGUCACCUACAGUAUCGAGGAAAGUGAUGAGGGGAGCUUCGAUAUCGACCCAGUCACAGGCAUGGUGUCAUCCAGCAGUACCUUCACAGCCGGAGAGUACAACAUCCUCACGAUCAAAGCAACAGACAGUGGGCAGCCUCCACUCUCAGCCAGUGUCCGGCUACACAUCGAGUGGAUCGCCCAGCCCCGGUCCUCCUCCAUACCACUGGCCUUUGACGAGCCCCACUACAGCUUUACAGUCAUGGAGACAGACCCUGUGAACCAUAUGGUGGGCGUCAUCAGUGUGGAGGGCCGACCCGGUCUCUUCUGGUUCAACAUCUCCGGUGUAUCUCCCACAAUCUCCCUCUUCUUUGUCUUCUGUUUCCAGCUUCUCUAUACUGGCAAAGUCAGUGAAGAUAUAUCUCCAGGACACUUCAUUCUGAAAGUUUCUGCAACAGACUUGGAUUCUGAUACCAAUGCUCAGAUCACAUAUUCUCUGCAUGGUCCUGGGGCAGAUGAAUUUAAGCUGGAUCCUCAUACAGGGGAGCUGACCACCCUUACAGCCCUGGACCGCGAGAAGAAGGAUACGUAUAGCCUUGUUGCCAAGGCGACGGAUGGAGGUGGCCAAUCAUGCCAGGCAGACGUGAUCCUCCAUGUGGAGGACGUGAAUGACAACGCCCCCCAUUUCUUCCCCAGCCACUGUGCUGUGGCUGUCUUCGACAACACCACAGUUAAGACCCCUGUGGCUGUGGUGUUGGCUCGGGAUCCUGACCAAGGUGCCAAUGCCCAGGUGGUUUACUCUCUGACGGACUCUGCCGAAGGCCAUUUCUCCAUUGAGGCCACCACAGGUGUGAUUCGGCUGGAGAAGCCACUACGGGUCAGGCCACAGGAAGCACUGGAGCUCACUGUCCGUGCCUCUGACCUGGGAACCCCGAUACCACUGUCCACUCUGGGCACAGUCACUGUCUCAGUGGUAGGCCUCGAUGACUAUCUGCCUGUGUUCCUGAACACUGAGCAUAGUGUGCAGGUGCCCGAGGAUGCCCAGCUUGGCACAGAGGUGCUGCGGCUGGCCACCCUUACUCGCCCCACUGCCGAGAAGACUGGCUACCGCGUGGUCAGCGGAAACGAGCAGGGGAGGUUCCGCCUGGAUGCCCACACAGGGAUCCUGUAUGUCAACAAGAGCCUGGACUUUGAGACAAGCCCCAAGUUCUUCCUAUCCAUAGAAUGCAGCCGGAAAGGCUCUUCCUCCCUCAGUGACAUGAUCACCAUCGUGGUCAACAUCACUGAUGUCAAUGAACACCGACCCAGAUUCCCCCAGGAUCUGUACAGCACAAGGGUCUUAGAGAAUGCCAUUGUGGGUGACGUCGUGCUCACAGUGUCAGCGACUGAUGAAGAUGGACCUGCAAAUAGUGCCAUCACCUACAGCCUGGUAGGAGGGAACCAGCUCGGGCACUUCGCUGUCCACCCCAAGAAGGGGGAGCUACAAGUGGCCAAGGCCCUGGAUUGGGAACAGACUUCUAGCUAUUCCCUGAGGCUCCGAGCCACAGACAGCGGGCGGCCCCCGCUGCAUGAGGACACAGACAUUGCUAUCCAAGUGGUUGAUGUCAAUGAUAACCCACCGAGAUUCUUCCAGCUCAACUACAGCACCUCUGUCCAGGAAAACUCACCCAUUGGUAGCAAAGUCCUGCAGCUGAUCCUGAGUGACCUGGACUCCCCAGAGAAUGGUCCACCCUACUCAUUCCGAAUCACCAAGGGGAAUGACGGCUCUGCCUUCCAAGUGACCCCUGAUGGAUGGCUAGUGACCGCUGUGGGCCUGAGCAGAAGAGUUCAGGAAUGGUAUCAGCUUCAGAUCAAGGUGUCAGACAGUGGCAUCCCUCCCCUCUCGUCUUCGACAUCUGUCAGAGUCCAUGUCACGGAGCAGAGCCACUACCCACCCUCCGCCCUCCCACUGGAGAUCUUCAUCACCAUCGGGGAGGAGGAGUUCCAGGGUGGCAUGGUGGGCAAAAUCCAUGCCACAGACCGAGACCCACAGGACAUGCUGACCUAUAGCCUGGCAGGAGAGGACACCCUGGCCAGGCACUUCUCAGUGGGCGCCCCCGAUGGCAAGAUUAUCGCCGCCCAGGGCCUGCCUCGUGGCCGCUAUGCAUUCAACGUCACAGUCAGUGACGGGACCUUCGCCGCCACUGCUGGGGUCCACGUCCAUGUGUGGCAAGUGGGGCGAGAGGCUCUGCAGCAGGCCAUGUGGAUGGGCUUCCACCAGCUCACCCCAGAGGAGCUGGUGAGCGACCACUGGAGGAACCUACAGAGGUUCCUCAGCAACAAACUGGACAUCAAACGAGCUAACAUCCACCUGGCCAGCCUUCAGCCUGCAGAGGCCACAGCUGGGGUGGACGUGCUCCUGGUCUUUGAGGGGCAUUCUGGAACUUUCUACAAGCUCCAGGAGCUGGCAUCUGUCAUCACUCGCUCAGCCAAAGAGAUGGAGCACUCAGUGGGAAUUCAGAUGAGGUCAGCCAUGCCCGUGGUGCCCUGCCAGGGCCCAAGCUGCCAGGGUCAAAUGUGCCAAGAGACAGUGCACCUGGACCCCAGGGUGGGGCCCACGUACAGCACAGCCAGGCUCAGCAUCCUGACCCCACGGCACCGCCUGGAGAGGAGCUGCUCCUGCAAUGGUGAGGAAUGGGCUUCCCCAAGACAAUCAGCACUGUAG